AUGGCGGCGAUUGAGGUUGGCGAUAGAGUGCUCGUCGAUGGGAAGCUGGGGGUGGUCAGGUACGCGGGGCUGACCGAGUUUUGCAGUGGUCUCUGGUAUGGAAUCGAGCUCGACAAGUGCGAGGGAUUCAACGAUGGAAGUGUCGAGGGCAAGAGGUAUUUCAAUAUUCCGGGAAGGAAAGGAAACUACGGGCUAUUUGCACAACUGGAAGAUUUGAGUAAGAUUGAUGACUGCGGCGGUCUGAGAGACGAGAAUCGCAAGUUGACCAGUGUGGUUGAAGCCUUGGAACGCAAAAUUCGACAGUUGCAUCUGCAGCGGAGCGAGCUGAAGCGAGACUCAGAAGUGCUGGAGCUGCAGAGGACUGUCAAGAGCCUAGUCCAAGAGCGGGCGGAGCGCAUUGAAAAGCAAGCCAAAGCUGUAGAGGAAAAUAAGCAGCUACAUGCUACUAUCAAGCUUUUACAAGCGGAAUUGCAUGCUGUGGCUUCCAUAUCUCCAGGAAAGGCGAAUUCAACCGAAGAGGCCGUACGGAAAAGUAGUCCGGACGAGUUGAACGGCCUCAAUGCGAUCCUGAAGACUGAGAACGACAGGCUUGCAAAUGAAUUAAACAUUGCGACCAGGGAAUUGAUUAAGUUGAAGGAGGACAACAGGCAGUACGAAGCGUUGCACACGGUCUACAUCGAUAUUGAAAAAGAGUUACAAGACCAGUUGAGCACAUUAGAAAACUAUAUACUGGCAGAGGGAGAAAGGCGUUGCGGAAGUGCAACUAUCAUAAGCUCAGCUGUUGAGUCCUCUGUUUCCAAAGCUGCUGCUACCAAAGCCAAGCUUUAUGAUGAGCUUUACACAGCUGUCUUCCCAGACGACAUGCCUUCACUCCAGCUCCUGGAGCUCCAGUAUGAUAUUUUGCAAAAAUCUUUCGCUAAUGCCCCAUUUGACUUAUCUAUCCAGAGUAAGCUGACAGGACAACUAUAUUUUCUUGUUUUGCGUGGGCUGGCAAACGAAGAAUCAACCAGACCCCCAAUCCAGUUCUUUGACGUGUUACGAAACGAGUUCGGGAACAACGGAAUUAUCUGCAGCGAGCUACUUUUGGGUCACUUACGAGAUGAUAUGCUGAAAGUCCGUGAACUCAUUGACUUCCUAAAAGAUUCAGAUUCAUUGGACUCCGAUUUCAGAUUGGUAAUAUCAUCCCUGUCUUCAAUUUUUGGUGAGAUUUUGCCUCAGUUACUGUCAGAUCGUAGAAAGGAGAAUUCAUCCGAAGACCUACUUAGAUCAAUCCACAACCUUUAUUCGGUUUCACUUGCAAUAGAGGAGCGAUCAAGAGCGCUUGGAGAGAAAGCUGGAGUCGAUCCGGCACCCGCGACUGCGUGUCACAUACGCCUAUCCCAUGUGCUUGAAGUAGUUUUCUCCAUGAUUAGAUAUGUUCCUGGAUCAGACGUUCAUCCUUUUGAGGAAUUCAAGCCGGCGCUUGAGGAAAUACUCGCUGAUCUGAAACAAAGUGAGACGGAUUCAGCUUCUGCAGUACAAUAUAAUACAGUACCUCGGAAUGCUGGUGUGUCAUUUACAGACUCACAGGCGGUAACGGAAAACCCUGAUCUCGACAAUGUUGCAGAUUUAGAAUCCGAACUUUUAAAGAAGGAAGCUAGGAUAGAGGAGCUGGCAGUCAAAAUCCAGCUGCUUGAAAUCAAAUUGCAAGAAAGUCAUACCAAAAAGGCAGCUCUGGUGCAAAAAGAAGCAGAAAAGAUGGAAUGGCCGAAGGAAGAUGAUUUACACUCUGACGCGCAACCAAGCACAGGCCUGAAGAUGGAGUCCUCUGUCGAUGUUCGCCUCUGCAGUCCGCUGACCGCCUCCCAGCUGGAGGCUCUCGCAAAACAGAGCAUAAAUUCGGAGAUCGUUGGCCUACAGAGAGUGGUUGCCAGCCUCACAAAACACCAAAGGAAGGAUCGGCCCAACUUCAGCUGGCUUUAUGAAGGCGAACAGCGUCUGCAGGCCCCGACUACAAAGGCGCAUAUUGAAUUCAAAAAUAAGCUUUCUGACCUAACUACAAGCGCCUUAGAAGUUGCUGAUUAUGCUAGGAUGGUGGAUUAUCAAGAAGAUUCGACAGACAAGCAGAAAAAGUACAUACCGAAUGCAGUCUUCAAGCAGAAUGUUCUAAAUCUAAAGAUUAAAGAUAUUUCUGCAUAA